AUGGCGGAUUGGGUCAGUGAUGGGGAGAUGAUUGAUGAGAUGUCUAAGUUGUGGUUCAAAGCGGAGAAGGGUCCUUGUAUGAUGAUGGAUACUGUUGGCUUGGAUACUGUCUACAAUAUCAAGGUAGUGUAUGAGCAACAGUUGGGGACGAAUCUUCGCUCUAAGGAUUGGCUCAAGGCGGCUUAUGUUGACAAGGGUAACUUGGGUGCGAAGGGUGGAAAGAGUCUACUGGGGUAA